UUGUGCUUCACUACGCGGAGGGAUUUCGCACCCAGGAGACCCUAGAGACUAUUUACUGUUCAUUUUGAUAAUAACGCGAUCUGCUCCGUGAAGAAACAACACGAACGUGGACAAUGGCUGGAUCGCACCUGCAGCGGAGCAUGGACAACAAAGGCUGAUCCCAGCACUGCGCUGCGCUGUGCGGCAGCAAACCCCGAGCCUGGCUGCCCACGAAACCUCGAAGAAAUUGAUUUUAUGUAAAAACCUGUGCUGCACACAAGGGGGCUGGUGCUGCAAGACAGGGUUUGCGUGCAGGAGAAUUUGCUGUUUGGACCUCUUAACCGAUCCGUUGCUGGCAGGUUUAAUUAUAGCAACACUUGCAUGCGCGUCUUACUUCCAGUAGACGAUAUUUUUAAGUGUCGAGACAUCGCUCAGGAGAAUAUCAGGCCCACAUCAGUGUUUAGGUAAUUUAAUAAUCCUUUCUGAACACAACCACACCAGUUUGAUGGUCGCCGACAGCAGUCCUGUGUGUUCAAUGUCCCCUUAAAAAAAAACAGGAGAAUUAUGUGGGUCAGUCCCGAAGAUGUGUUACUGGCGGGCGCAUUAUGGAUCACCGAGAGAGCAAAUCCAUAUUUCAUCCUGCAGAAACGGAAGGGCCACGGGGAUGGAGGCGGAGGACUGGCCGGGUUGCUGGUUGGGACCUUGGAUGUCGUCCUGGAUUCAAGUGCUCGAAUGGCUCCAUAUAGGAUCCUCUACCAGACACCUGACUCUUUAGUUUACUGGAUCAUUGCUCAUGGAACCUCCCGGAAAGAGAUCACAGAGCACUGGGAGUGGCUGGAGCAUAACCUGCUGCAGACACUCUCCAUCUUUGAGAACGAGAACGAUAUUACCACCUUUGUCAAAGGAAAGGUCCAGGGCAUCAUCGCAGAGUACAACAAGAACCACGAUGUCAAAGAGGAUGACGACACAGACAAGUUCAAAGAGGCCAGCGCCAAGUUUCGUAAGCUGUUUGGGAUGCCAGAGGAGGAGAAGCUGGUCAACUAUUAUUCCUGCAGCUACUGGAAGGGCAAGGUGCCCCGGCAGGGAUGGCUCUACCUCAGCAUCAACCACCUCUGCUUCUACUCCUACUUACUGGGAAAAGAAGCCAAACUGGUGGUGCGUUGGGCAGAUAUGACCCAGCUGGAGAAGAGCGCCACCCUCCUGCUGCCUGAUGUGAUUAAGGUGAGCACCCGCACCAACGAGCACGUCUUCUCUGUCUUCCUCAACAUCAACGAGACGUUCAAACUGGCCGAGCAGCUGGCCAACAUCGCCAUGCGUCAGCUCCUGGACAACAAAGGCUUCGAACAGGACCGCUCACUGCCCAAGCUCAAGAAGAAGUCACCCAAGAAAGUGUCGGCACUCAAGAGGGAUCUGGAUGCAAGAGCGAAGAGUGAACGUUACCGGGCACUCUUCCGUCUGCCCAAAGAUGAAAAACUGGACGGACACACAGACUGCACCUUGUGGACCCCCUUUAACAAGAUGCACAUCCUGGGACAGAUGUUUGUUUCCACCAACUACAUCUGCUUCACCAGCAAGGAAGAGACGCUGUGUAGUCUCAUCAUCCCCCUGCGUGAGGUGACCAUUGUGGAGAAAGCAGACAGCUCCAACGUGCUGCCCAGCCCACUCUCCAUCAGUACCAAGAACCGCAUGACCUUUCUAUUUGCAAACCUGAAGGACAGAGACUUCCUUGUGCAGAGGAUCUCUGACUUUCUGCAGCAGACCACCUCCAAGAUCUGCCUGGAGAGGGAACUUACUGGCAGCCUUAACAGCUCAGAUGAUGAGGUGUACUCCCAGCAAGGAUCCCUGCUUUCCAGCAGCCCACAGCACAGUCUGGGUUCAGAGGGUGAGCGAACAUUUAACCUCAAUGACAGCAGUGUGCCCACAGCUACACAAGCCCUCAUGACCAUGUACCGCCGGCGUUCGCCUGAGGAGUUCAACCCCAAGCUGGCGAAGGAGUUCAUGAAGGAGCAGGCGUGGAAGAACCACUUUACCGAGUACGGACAGGGAGUGUGUAUGUACCGCACUGAGAAGACGAAGGAGCUGGUCCUCAAGGGGAUUCCUGAGAGCAUGAGAGGGGAGCUCUGGCUGCUUUUCUCUGGGGCAAUCAACGAGAUGGCCACUCACCCUGGAUACUACGAAGACCUGGUGGAGAAGUCGAUGGGCAAGUACAACCUGGCAACAGAGGAGAUCGAGAGGGACCUGCACCGCUCUCUGCCCGAGCACCCGGCCUUUCAGAAUGAGAUGGGCAUCGCUGCUCUCCGCAGGGUCCUUACCGCCUAUGCAUUCAGAAAUCCCAACAUUGGAUACUGUCAGGCCAUGAACAUUGUGACAUCUGUGCUGCUGCUCUACGCCAAAGAAGAGGAGGCUUUUUGGCUGCUCGUGGCGCUCUGUGAGAGGAUGCUCCCCGACUACUACAACACUCGAGUUGUCGGAGCCCUAGUCGAUCAGGGCGUGUUCGAGGAACUCGCGCGGGAGUACGUCCCACAGCUGUACGACUGCAUGCAGGACCUCGGGGUCAUCUCCACAAUUUCUCUCUCCUGGUUCCUCACCCUCUUCCUGUCUGUCAUGCCGUUCGAGAGUGCAGUGGUGGUGGUGGACUGCUUCUUCUAUGAUGGCAUCAAGGUCAUCUUUCAGUUGGCGCUCUCUGUGCUGCACGCCAACAUCCACCAGCUGCUGGGCUGCAAGGACGACGGCGAAGCUAUGACCGUACUGGGCAGGUACUUGGACAGUGUGACCAAUAAAGACAGCACUUUACCUCCCAUCCCCCACCUGCACUCCUUACUAACAGACAAUGGAGAGCCGCAUCCAGAGGUUGACAUCUUCAAACUGGUCCGCAGCUCCUACGAGAAAUUUGGCUCGAUCCGUGCAGAUGUGAUUGAACAGAUGCGUUUCAAACAGAGACUGAGGGUCAUCCAAACCAUCGAAGAUACAACUAAACGCAACGUGGUCAGAACUAUUGUAACAGAGACCGCCUUCAGUAUUGAUGAGCUGGAGGAGCUCUACGUGCUCUUCAAGGCGGAGCACCUGACCAGCUGCUACUGGGGCGGCAGCAGCAACCCCACAGAGCGUCAUGACCCCAGCCUGCCCUACCUGGAGCAGUACCGCAUCGACAUGGAGCAGUUUAAGGGUCUGUUCAACCUGCUGUUCCCCUGGGCCAACGGAGCCCACUCAGACCCUCUGGCCGUGCGCUUCUUCCGUCUCCUUGACCAAAACGGAGAUGCCCUCAUCAACUUCAGGGAGUUCAUCAGCGGCCUGGGCGUUUUGUGUCACGGGGACCUAACCGAGAAGCUGAAGCUCCUCUACAAGAUGCACGUUUUACCCGAAAUCACUCAUGAACAGGAGGAGCCUGACUCUGCCUUUGAAGCCACUCAGUACUUCUUUGAGGAAAUUAUUUCAGAAACGUCAGUCGGUCAUGACUCAAAGUGCAGAAGUGAGAAGGAUGAUGGUUUUGUCAGAGUUACAUUUAAGACUGAAAAAGUGAAGAAACUGAACACUCCUGAUUACCGCCAUUACCUGAAACUGUGGAACCAGGAGACCAAACCCAAACUGGAAAACACAAAAGACCUCCCCAGGCUGAAUCAGAGCCAGUUCAUCGAGCUUUGUAAGACCCUCUACAGCAUGUUCAGUGAGGAUGUUGCAGAACAGGAGCUCUAUCAUGCCACAGCCACAGUCACCAGUUUGCUGCUGGAAAUGGGAGAGGUCGGAAAGCUCUUCUCAUCCUCCUCUAGUAGGAAGGACCACAACAUGGAGGGUAAAUCAGAGCCAAGCAUUUGUAUGAGAGACACCACAGAUCCCAAAAGCACCCAGGAGUCUGGGUCUGAUGACGUGUUCCAGCAGGGGGACCAGGGAGACGCUUUUGUCCAUGCAGGUCUGGAGAACAAGCCGAGCCCCUGUGAGGAGGGGAAAGGGGACGAAGGGAACGAGCAGCUGCCACCUAUGCAAGACAUCAAGCUGGAGGACUCGUCCCCCAAAGACACUGGCACAUCCUCUGCCAUGCUCAUCUCGGAUGAUGAAACCAAAGAUGACACGUCAAUGUCAUCUUACUCGGUGCUCAGCGCGGGCUCCCAUGAGCUGGAUGAAAAGCUGCAGUGUGAGGACAUUGCAGACGACACGGUGCUUGUGCGCAGUGAGAACGGUGGCAACGGUGAAAGAAAUAACCAGCCUCAUGGCGGUGGUCCCCUCGACAGAGGGCUGCCUCACAGCACUAGCAUUGACAAAGACUGGGCCAUCACGUUUGAGCAGUUCCUGGCCUCUGUGCUCACCGAGCAGGCUCUGGUGCAUUAUUUUGAGAAGCCAGUGGAGGUAGCAGCUCGUAUAACUAAUGCCAAGAAUGUGCGUAAAGUUGGGCGCCCCCUGCUUUCAACAAGUGACUAUGAGAUCUCAUUAUCUGGCUGAAGUCUCACAGGAGAUUUCACACAAAGACUUUUGCUGUUUUAAAAGGGAAACAUGAUUAUCAGUCGGUGGUAUAAAAAUGUCUCGGUGAGUUUUAGAGAAUGAAGGUAAAAGUAAAAUGUAUGUGUAUGAUAGUUGAAUGAAUGUGACCAAAAAUUGCUCUUAGCAAUGUAUUUUACCAGAUGUGAAAGACUUUUAUUAUAACAAUCACUAGAUUCUGUCCAGCUAAGAGGGAACAGGACGUUGAUAUUAAGGUUUGCUCAGAUGAAAUCAGUGUGUACAUGUAGUAGCUGUACUUUAUAAGACAUUAUGCAUAGGUGUUAUCUAUGUAAUCUCUAGUACUCUUAGGCUAUGUAGCUGUAAAUGUCCACAGAUACAGUCCAGGUCUAAACUGGGAUGUUGAUAGUCUACAGUACGUACGAUCACCUAACAUUAUAUCUGGUCAAACUAUUGCUCCCUUACUUUAUGAUUCCAUUUGCUGCUAAUCAAGACUUUUUUUUCUCUCAUUUUAAUGACAGUAUGGAAAAAUACAAAACAAAGCUGUGAAAAUUCAAUCAUAGAGUGAAUUUUCAUGUGUUAUCGUGUAAGCUCUCUUCAGCUCCACAUCACUUUAAUGCAAUGUGUCACUUUGGUAGAAACUGUUCUCUUUUUCACACACGUACCUACGACUUCCUGGAUAUUCACUUCCCAAAAUAAUGUUCGCUAUAAUUGCUCUAGUUUAUUUUCUAAUAAUUAUAACGAUGAUGGAAACAGCACAAAAAAUGACACGACCACAAUUUUGUCAAAAAUCCCAUAGGAAGGUAUGUGUUCUAAGUGAAGAUGAUUACACUAAGAAAAUGCUGUUGAAUGAAGAGGCUGCACUUUUCUUUAUGUUUACAAUAAUGUGAUCCACUAACAUGUGUUCGCUUGCCUUUUGCCUAACGACUGUCGUCUUCACUCCUAACUAAAAUGUUCCCCCUUUUCCUUUUUUCUUUUUUUUUUUUAAAAACAUGUUUUUACCGUUUUGCUCUGUAAAUUUUUUUUUUUUUUUUUUUUUUUACUUUGCUGUUUACAAAUUUUUGUGAAUAUGUUUUAUUUUAAAUAUGUCCAGGUGUUAUCACUCUGGACUCUGAUGCAUUGUGUAUCACUCCAUCUAAUUAAAUUUACAGUUUGAUUGAUUCAAUGCUGCACAGUC